AUGCCAGAUCUGCGCGAAGAUGCUGCCAAGUACGCACAAGUGAACCUGUACUCCCUUUUACCUCCUCUCGGUACUGCAUGCCCUCCAGCUGGAUAUCUCAAAGCUAUCCCUCACACGGAGGCCAAACACCCUUUUAUGGCUGUCGAAAUAACCAACAGGACAACACUCGGCGGGUUUUUCCUUCCUGCAGUUCUCGGCAGUCACGGCCGCCUAGCGAUCAGUAUCAGAGGUAUCUACGGGUCGCAGGAACAGACAGGGCUGAGCGAUAUACCCCUCUAUCAGGCGGUCUGGGAUUGGAAGGAAGGGGUUUGUCUUGACGGCAUACCAGUUCCACCUAAACUGGGUGACCACACGCCGUCCAAUCGGGAUAAUGAUGAUGAUGGCCCAACGUGUCCAAAUCGAUUUUUUCCAAUGGGUCCCUUCGCUAUCUCUGCCGGGGUCUUUCAGAUUUGUCCAGAAAUCUCUUCCAUCUCUUCCGAAGCACCGCCGGCCCCGCAACCUCAUUUCACCACAUAUGCUCUAUCCCCAACAUCGGCGGGCAUCCCUCCAUCCAGCUACUCUUCUUCUACCGUGAAUGACCAGAGUCAGGCAUACAACCAUUCUCGCGCGAUCUGGCAGCCUACGGAUAUACCUUGGGUCGCUCCACUUGCGCGAUUCACUCUGCCCCAGGUCGCCGAUCUCGAGUUGGCAUCUGGUGGCGCCGUUGUUCCAGUGUCACGCCCUCCCAACUUCUCGUUAAACACUCUAGACUUCCCUUACAGCGAGGAAGUGCACAACGGCGACAUAUCGGGCCUCGUUGGCUUUGACUUUGGCAAUCACCAGUCGCAUAUCCUCAGAAUCAAUACCAUCCUCAAGCUAUCGACUGAGGCUUUAGUGGAUAACGCACGUCGCGCGCUUGAAGAGACUACCAUCAACACGCCAGCCCCACACGCAAAGCACGCAAAGGCCGCCGAUAUCGCCGGCCUGGUGCAAGGUCUCCCCAAGUUAGCGUCAAUGUCUCGGGUAGAGCAGACCCGAUGGGCUGCAGAAGCUCUGGCCUGCCUCAACGAAGGGAAAGUCAGGGAUAUCGGGAGCAGUUGGGAGGAUUUUGCCAAGAGCGUAUUGGCGGCGGGGUCGAUCGACGACGAGAGCAAAAGAUAUUACUGGUCUUCUACGAUCGUCGGUGCUCGAGAGCUCCAUUCUCAACUCCAGAUUGGAGACAACAUAGGACUUGUCCUUGUUCUCCACGACUACCACGAUACUACCGAAACCGUCCCCAACGAAUCGCUGCCAAUGGGCAAAAGGAAGAUCGCAAAACAACUUCUCACGGUACAAGAUAGCGAAGAGACGGCUUGGAAGGUACUCAUCGGGGUGGAGAACGACAGGGGCUGUCAUAAUUAUCUGACAGAAGAUUGUGAUGAGCGUGGAGAUCCUUCUGGCCUCGCCUGGAUGCCGCACAGGUCUACUGUCGCCACUUUGAGUGUUUGGUCUCAUGACGGGCCUUCAUACUUCGCAGGCGUCGGAGGGUUCCCGCCCGGGAUGAUGUUCGACGGUGUCAGUGUCGUAUUGCAAGGUGUCAUCCCAGACUCUCUCAUGUUUAUCACAUUCGAAGGAUAA